GACGUCUCGUUGUGCUCAACAGUUGCACAUACACACCUGAAACUCCAAAAAAUGAUAAUGGAGAGGUUGAGAGCUACACGUCGUCUCCUCAAUUACUCACCCAAGUCUUUCUUUGCUCCUCGAUCGCAUCCAAAUUCUUCCGAGCAUUCAAUUUGUCGCUCUGCCUCCGGUUUUGCGCAUUGGGGCCGAUAUAGUGAGCAUCAAAAGCGGAGAUUUGGAGGAACUGUUUGGGAUCCUUUGGGAAUAGGCCUUGGAAAGGCGAGCACAAUCCAGUGCAGAUACUUUGGUUCAGUGGCAGCGAAGAUUCAGAGGGACCCAUCAUUUUCACCGUUGAAUUCUGACGAUAUCAGCUAUUUUAAGGGAAUAUUGGGCGAGAAAAAUGUGAUUCAGGACGAAGACAGGCUUGCGUUUGCAAACACGGACUGGAUGCGGAAAUACAAGGGCUCCAGUAAGCUUCUGCUACUACCGAGGAGCACUGAGGAGGUCUCUCGGGUUCUUAAAUACUGUAAUUCCAGACGCUUGGCUGUUGUUCCUCAAGGUGGAAAUACUGGCCUUGUGGGUGGAAGUGUUCCUGUUUUUGAUGAAGUGAUUAUCAACAUGAGUUCAAUGAAUAACAUCAUAUCUUUUGACAAGGUCAGUGGUAUAUUGGUAAGUGAAGCAGGAUGCAUUUUGGAAAAUCUGGUUUCUUUUCUGGACAACCAGGGAUUCAUUAUGCCACUGGACCUGGGUGCAAAAGGAAGCUGUCAGAUUGGUGGAAAUGUUUCAACAAAUGCUGGUGGUUUGCGUCUUGUCCGCUAUGGAUCUCUUCACGGAAAUGUACUUGGUAUUGAAGCUGUUUUAGCAAAUGGUGAUGUGCUUGACAUGCUUGGGACUCUUAGGAAAGAUAAUACUGGGUAUGACUUAAAGCAUUUGUUUAUAGGAAGUGAAGGAUCCUUGGGUAUUGUAACUAAGGUUUCCAUUCUUUCCCCUCCAAAGCUAUCUUCAGUGAAUGUUGCUUUUCUUGCUUGUAAAGACUAUUUCAGCUGCCAGAAACUUCUAUUGGAAGCAAAGAGGAGACUUGGAGAGAUUCUAUCUGCCUUUGAGUUUUUGGAUAAUGAGUCACUGGAUCUGGUUCUGAAUCAUUUAGAGGGUGUUAGGAAUCCGUUACCUCCCUCAAUGCACAACUUCUAUGUUCUCAUUGAGACAACGGGCAGUAAUGAAUCUUAUGACAAAGAAAAGCUUGAAGCUUUCCUACUUCGCUCAAUGGAAGGUGGUUUGAUUUCUGAUGGUGUUCUUGCACAAGACAUAAACCAGGCCUCAUCGUUUUGGCGUAUACGUGAGGGUGUAGCAGAGGCACUCAUGAAAGCAGGAGCUGUUUAUAAAUAUGAUUUGUCAUUACCUGUUGAAAAGAUGUACAAUCUUGUCGAGGAAAUGCGGAUAAAAGUUGGUAGUUCAGCUAAAGUAAUUGGAUAUGGCCACCUUGGAGAUGGAAAUUUGCAUCUUAAUGUUUCAACUCCACAGUAUGAUGAUAUGAUUUUAGCACAAAUUGAACCCUUUGUCUAUGAAUGGACAUCUAAGCACCACGGGAGUAUUAGUGCAGAGCAUGGCUUGGGACUGAUGAAAGCUAAUAAGAUUUUCUACAGCAAGUCACAUAAAACUGUGCAACUAAUGGCUUCUAUCAAGAAAUUGAUGGACCCCAAUGGGAUACUGAACCCUUACAAAGUUCUUCCGCACUCCAUAUCUUACAGCACAGUCUAAAUCUGAAAUUCAACACGCCCGGUGGUAGCCACAUCGUGGUCUGAUCUCAGGUCGGAGCAAGUGGACAUAACUCAGUGGGAUGCAAUUCUAACUCUAUUCAGUGAACUAGAGAAGUUAGAGGCUCUCUUUAAUAACUGGCAUCUGACUAGAGAAAGAUCAAGUUGUGCUAAAUACAGAUCACACCAAGCUAGCCAAUGGUUAUUUUGGCUAGCCGGGUUGCAAAUUUAGGUGCUAAAAUAGUUGUAUCCGGCUAGUUACUUUAGCCCAAAAUUUGGUAAGCUGAUACAAUGCUCACCAAAUGUAAAAAAAAAUAAAAAUACAAAAAUUUACUUUUUAUUCUUGAUAAGACAUGCACACGACUUUGAAA